GCGGAGGAUGCAACGGGCUUCCACGGUUCAACACCCACUUGCCGUAACAACUGUGUUCAGUCGUCGUGCCACUCACAUCAAAUGCCAGGCGCGGAGGAUGCGGCGGGCUUCCAUGGUACAACACCCACUUGCAUUUACAACUGUGUUCGGUCGUCGUGCCGCUCACAUUAAGAUGUACGACGAGGAGAUAGAGUACGACCCACCCAUUGGCCCCCAAGUCGCAGACCUUAUGGAGGACGAGCUGGAGCAAGGAGCCACCGAUGGUGAUGACGACUCAGACGACGGGAAUGAUGAGACAGACAAGAGUGAAAUGAGGUCACGUGAUCUUCAGAAGGAUUCUGACGACGAUGGUUCUAGUGGAGGUGAGGGGCCUACCACUACGGAGCAUCGAGAAUUUGACAACGAUGGGGGCGAUGGACCGGAUCAUGAUGGGGAAAGCGGUGGUUGUCUCGCGGUUCCACAUGUUCGCGCGGAGGGUGGCAAGGAGGGUGGCAAGGUGGAGCACGGUUUGCCCAUGCUGCAGGGAUCGAUUCCGUCAGGCAUAUUCGAGGAGGAGUUCGACGUGGGGGUGCCCCCGACUUCCUCUGCAUGGUGUGGAGGAGUACGCAAUCGCACACUCGUUACCGAUGCAGCACAUCAGAUAGGGCAGGUCUUUUGGGGAGCUAGUUCAGGGAUGUUGGCCGAGGCUGCGAGGGCGACAACCGAGACUGAGGAGGAUAGGCGAGGCGACAACAUCGAGUGCAAGCCUUCCGCCACACAAACGGAGGAUGUUAGACGGAUACUCGAGGAGGAUCCACGGCUAGCGGCUGCAACUGGGGUUGGCUUUUGGCGAGCCACUGGGGAAGGUACGCAGGAUUCAGCCACCGAUGGCGUGCCCAUGCCCAAGGGUGUGAAAACCUAUAGGUCUCCAACAUGCAUUUUUGGAGGGUUUCCAGCACAGGAUGCAAAGAGGGAAAGACAGCGCGAGGAGGCGGAAAGGAUGGCAGCAACAGGACAUUGUGAGCACAAGGCAGCACCCGCACAGCCUUCGGAUGACGCUGGGCAGAGGCCCACGGCGGUGCUGCAAAGGACAGGUCUGCCGCGGCGAGGGGACACCAUCGACGAUGAUGACGAUGAUGAGGACAGGCUCAACGCUGUGGUGUUGAUAGGGGCCGUUCUUUUGUAGGAUGAUUGACUUUCUUUUUUACCUUUGUUGUUUUUUUAACAGAGCGAAGUUCAGUAAACCCUGCUUCAGAUUAGAAGAUACCCCUACUACCGUGCCAAUUCACCUACUAACUGUACUAUACGCUUUCCUGCUACAGAGAUAUUUCUGGCCUACGCCACCAUACCCAGUCCUCGAGAUCCGAUGAGAAUGAUCCUUCACGCUGCAUCACAGAGUAAACCCACUGUGUCCGUUCUUUUUCCUCCCAGUAUGACACUUCCUGUUUGCUGGCAAAGCAGCCUCGCCGUGCACCUGUCUUCUCGACAAGGAAUGCCAGACUUUUUUUUUUCCGUCGAUAACUCUCCUUAGGAGUAGCGGUAGGCAGGUACUGAAAGGAAGGUGAAAGAAAUUGAGAGAAGAAUAUAGUCUAGUUAAAGGGGGAAAACAAACCUCUCCUGAAUCAACAGCUGCAGCUGCAGAUCGCCACCACUUUCCACACGCGAUGGUGGUGGGUACCCCCAUCGUCGAAAUCACUUGGAUGUUGGAAGUCGCACCCAUUUUGCUCAAAAUCCCAGGUAAAUGCAGAGUUAUCCCAGGUAAAUGCAGAGUUUUCCCAGGUAAAUGCAGAGUUUUCCAACUCAUCUGAGUCCAUCUGAACUCAAACUCAGGUCUGUAACUCAGGUCUGUAUCUCAACAGUUCAUGGUUGUCCCGACAUUACUUGGAAGUUGGAAGAAGCGCCCACUUUGCUCAAAGGUACACCCAGUUCAGUGCUAUGGUACACCCUGUUUCACAUUAGCAGAGAUACCUAACCCACUAUGCCCCUUCAUCUACUAUGAAAGUGUUUGAAAAACAAAAAGCAAAAAAGAUACGGAUCGGAUAUUACACUUGAUCUUAGCCAAAAUCUACUAUAAAAGUCAACAAGUCUGUAACCCUUUUCCUGUUUACUCAACUUUAUGGUCAUACCAGUCGACCUCACUGUGCACCUGCUUUCUCAAGAACGAUAUUCUUCUGCAUUAAAAAAACUGCCAGUACAUCAUCACCCAGGCAAAACUUGAGAAUCAAAAUCGAACCAAUCCAAAAAUCUGGAAGGCCUCGGACUACGAGACCAAGACGGCUGUCACUGCCACCCAAAAGAAAAACAAAAAACUUCCCUCUCCCAUUUUACCUCCCUCCACUUUCCUGCUACAGAGGAAUGUCUGGGGUUUCGAGGAAGCUUGGCGUGCAGGGCAAAUCUGUCCCCUUGGCAAAAAGGCCCUUGGAUAUACUGGUGGUUUUACAUCUGCAGAUCGCCACUUUCCACACGCAAUGGGGCCCAGGCAAAACUUGAGAAUCCAAAUCGGAAGCAAUCCGGAAAUUUUGGAGCCUUGGGGCUACCAGAGCAAAAUGGCUGUCAGUGCCAUCCAAAAGAAGAACAAAAGAGGCCUCACUGG